GUCAAGGUGCUCCCACCCCCCGCGGGUCGGGUAGGGCCGGGCCGCUGAGCGGAGCCGGCUCUGCAGGUUGGGAUGAUGCCGCUGGGUCGCUGGAAGAAAGCCGCGCCCCCUUUGGUCGAGAAUGAUGAGGCGGAGGCCGCGGCCCGGGAGCGCUGGCUGGAGGCGGAGCGGCCACGGACGGCUGCGCCGGGGGAGACCCCGGGGUCUGCGAGCGGGCCGGGCCCCCUGCCCCUCAGGCCGCGACUCGCCUUCCACACGCAGCUGGCGCACGGCAGCGCCACUGGCCGAGUGGAGGGCUUCACCAACGUGAGGGAGUUGUACGCCAAGCUUGGGGAGGCAUUCGGAUUGCACCCGUCCGAGAUCAUGUUCUGCACUUUGAACACCCAUAAAGUGGACAUGGACAAGCUCCUGGGUGGCCAGAUUGGCCUGGAGGAUUUCAUCUUUGCCCAUGUAAAGGGGCAGAAGAAAGAAGUGGAGAUCUACAAAUCGGAAGAUGCUUUAGGGCUAACUAUCACUGAUAACGGAGCAGGCUAUGCAUUCAUAAAGAGAAUCAAGGAAGGCAGCCUUAUUGACCAAGUGGAAGUCAUCAAGGUUGGGGAUCUAAUUGAGGCGAUCAACGGCCAGAGCGUCAUUGGUUCCCGCCACUUCGAAGUUGCCAAGCUACUGAAAGGUCUCGUGAAGGGGCAGUUAUUCACUUUGCGACUUGUGGAGCCCCUGAAAGCUUUUGACAUGAUAAGUCAGCGUGGCAAAGGGGGAAAAUCUGCAUCAGGUGGGCAGCUGGGUACUGGAAAAGGAACACUACGUCUACGGGCAAAAGGUGUAGCCACUGUGGAGGAAGAGCCAUCGGCAUUCGAAGAGAAGGCCAUCGAGAAAGUGGAUGAUCUGCUGGAAAGUUACAUGGGAAUCAGAGAUACUGAGCUUGCUGCUACCAUGGUGGACCUAGGCAAGAACAGGAGGAACCCUGAUGAGUUUGCACAGGCACUUGACGAGGAACUUGGUGACUUUGCAUUUCCUGACGAAUUUGUCUUCGACGUCUGGGGUGCCAUCGGAGAUGCAAAAUCUGGCCGAUGAUUAUCAAAAAACCAGUUGCAAAGACUUGAAGCUCAUAUGAAAGCAUCACUGAAAAGCAUUUAUAUAGAAAGAAAAAUAAUCUAAUAAUUUUAGAACUUUGGGUGCUGGGUUACUUUUUACAAACGUCUCUGAAUGAUUUUAUAAGGUUGAAUAAUUGUUUCUAGACUACAUCUGUUUCCUAGGGAGAUGUAUUUUGCUUUUGGGUGCUAAUCUGGUGUGCUGCUGGAGUCUGCAAAGUGGAAGCUGAAAUGUUGAGAACAUUUUUCCAUAACACAAUUGUGCAAAGAAAUUAUUUUUAAUAUUUUUGUAGAUGUGUGCUAAUGAGAAUUUUUUUGGGGGGGAGGGAGGAAAGAAAGGGGAUGUGUCAAGAAAAAAAAACUCUAAGAAUUGAAUUCUAACCAGAUUUUGUAGAUUGUAGAUUCGAAAAAUUUAAGCCCAAUACAGUAAGGCACUGAUUCCUAACUUGAGAUUGGCACCCACCUCGAAAGUCCUAGACGUCCCAAACUCUCCUUUUAAGGAGCUGCGGAUUCCUGGAGGCUGCCAAUAGUCUUGCAUCUGAAGCUGCAGGUGUACCAAGUAUAUUUUUAUUUAUUACUUGUGAAUUUUUAAAUUAAAUUACCUCAAAUGUUACUAAAACCUUUCAGUGAUCAUCAUCGCUCCCCUGAUGCACAGAAAGGUCAUGCAGUCUAAUCUGGGACCACUGCACUAAGGGAAUCCUUUCACUGAAACACUUUGAUAUAUUUUAACUUUCUUAUCUGGUGUUUUAUAUUUUAUCUGUACUAAUUUUUCUUUCUAGCAUUGGUGUCAUUUCAGGCUGAGAAUUGGGAAGCCGUACCCUCGGAAAAGGGAGGGAAAUGCUUGUAUCAUUCCAUCCCUCUCUUGCAAAAUGUUUCGCCUCCAAUGUUAUGAAUUUCAGGAAAUGGCUUAAUAUUAUUUUUGUUUGUGAAAUAAAUUAAUGGUUUAAACAGAUUAGAAGAGAGGGCCGUGGAAUUGAAUUGUGCAUUUCUAGUGAUUGCUCUACAGUUCCACAGUACAGUUUUUUAUCUAGUUAAAAUGUCAUUAGUGUUUAAAUUGUAAAAUUGGGUGCAUGAAAUAUUCAUCCUGUUUCUAGUAAAAUGGAAUGAAAUUACUUGGUGUCACAGUAGUGACCUUCCAGCAUAAAUAAUGCCUGUGAUGAGUGUUCCUGAAAGUGUUGACAUUUCACAAACUCAAAGCACUUUACAACAAAUUAAGUACUCUUUAAGUGCAACUGAAGUUGUAAUGUAGCAGCCAGGUUGCACAUGGUAAAAUCCCACUAACAGCAAUGUGAUGACGUCUUGCUAUAUAGACUGCAGGUUAAGUCUUAGCCAUGACAGUUGACAGGGUUCCCCAGCUCUUUAAAAACAAUGCUGAGGGAUCUUUAGUGCCUGUGUAACUUAGGUGUAACCUGGAGGUCUUCUGCAGCUGCUUGGUGUUACAAUAUUUAAGCUGAAUAAGCAUAUUUACUUCAUUUUUGUGUUUAGUUGAUCAGAGACUAUUCACUGUACAUUUAGUCACUGUACAGUAAAUAAAAAUUAAAAAAACUGAAAAUGCUGGGAGUCUGAUAUAAAAACAGCUGAUCAGGGAGCAUCUCAUGAAAUAAAAGCCAUCAACAUUUUUCAUUUGAGACCCUUUGUCAGAAGUGGGAAUGAUAAACAACACUGUCUUCAGCUUAGACCUAUUCAACUCUAAUGAUUUCUCCAGUUUUAGAUCACUUGCUUUUUGUGUUAGAACAAUCAAUCAUUCAUGUGAUGUAUUUUUUUUACAGCUUUUAUUUCUGUCAACUUUGAUAUAGCCUGUGACUGGAUAUGUUCUACAGCUGUUAUUAGUAACACAGCACAAAGAAGCUUAAUGUGCUGCAUUAACAUUGGUUCCACUCUUUCAGUGAUUUCUUAUUCUUCCUAACUCUCCGUACUUCUGUGACUGAAACUAACUUUCCUCUUUGUCCCACUUCUGACUCUGUUUCUCUCUCUACAGUUGCUGCCUGACUGCUGAGUGUUUCCAGUAUUUUGUUUUAAUGCUUGUAUUGCUCCUGAUUGUGUAUGAGUUUAUUUAAAGUGAUAGACUCUAUACAGUUUCCUUUCUGAGAAGGAAAGCUACAUUUUAAUAUAGUAUAACUUAAUGCAGUUUAUCAUCCUGUAGUCAAUGAUUAUAUUUGAAUUAUCUGGUCCAAAUAAUACCAUAAAUCAAAGACUUCUAGUAAUUUUUAAAGAAAAUAUUUUAAUAGAACAUAGAAUAGUACAGCACAUUACAGGUCCUUCGGCCCACAAUGUUGUGCCGACCCUCAAACCCUGCCUCCCAUAUAAGCCCCCAUCUUAAAUUCCUCCAUAUACCUGUCUAGUAGUCUCUUAAAAUUCACUAGUGUAUCUGCCUCCACCACUGAUUCGGGCAGUGUGUUCCACGCACAAUGUACAAUGUUUGUAUGAAAAUCUGGUGGUGACCAACAGUAGAAGGUUCAAUCGAUUGCCCUGUCAGAAUAACGGAGCCAAACCCUGAAAAUAGCAUGUUAGAGUACUAGAUGUGGCUGUUUGGCCAGUUACUAGCUCUUCAAAAGAAAUCUGCUGCCAUCGCCAUUGCCCUUCUGUUUCCUUGUAGCUCUGCAAAAUUUUAUCCCUCUUCUCAAAUCUUUCUCCAGUUUAUUUUUGAAAGUUCUAUUGAAUCUGAUUUGACUAUUUUUGGACUUGAUUUCCAGUGUAAUUUGUUUUUUUGCACAUUUUCCUUGUAAUUAGUAUGCUCUGAUCAUUGAGCCAGCAGGCACUGGAAACAUUUCUUUCAAGUUAACCUUAAAGAUUUUGACUGCCUGUGUGAAGCAUGCUCCAGCUUUGAGUAAUGUCUGGAAGGAGAUUAAUUAAAACAAAUAUAUUAAAUACUUUUGAUGGAAAAGUCUGCAGAUGCUGCAAGUCCAAUCAACACACACAUACUUUUACCAAGUUGAAAAGCAGAAAAAAAAUGGAGAUGCUGGAAGUCUAGAAAUCAAAACAGAAGAUUGCUGUAAUAUUAACUCUGUCCUGCGAUGCUGCCUGACUUGAGUAUUUUCAGCAUUGUUUUGUUUAGAAGUUCUGUAAAGAAUGUAUGAGAAUGAUGGGUAAUUAGUUGUUACUGUCACAUUAUUUUGAAAUGUCAUCCAUACAAGUAAUUUCUAAACAUAAAUAUAAUGAGGUAAUUCAAAAGGAAGAGCUGGAUGUGUUAUCGUGAUUGUUACAGAGAGUGCGGUACAGGUCGAUUAAUAAGGUAUGAGGGCUAUUACAGGAUAGCUUGAGAUAGAAUUGUUCUUUAUUGCACAGGAGGUACAUUGAGGAGUCUGUAGAAGAUGCCCUCAAGUCUAGUAGUUGUAUCUUCCUGAUGGAAAGGGGGAGGAAAGAGAAUAACUAGGAUGGGAGGGGUCUUUAAUUAUGUUGCUGCUUUCCUGAGGCCACAAGUGUGUAGACAGUGUCAGUGGCGGGGUGGCUGUUUUCUGUGUUGAACCAUGUUGCGUCAGUUAACACCGCUGCUGAAUCUAUUGAGGUUAAAGAAAUGGUUUCUUCAACCUAAUCAGCUGGUUUGGAUUUUCUGUUUGCUUCCUAGAUAAGGGAGGAUGUUGGGAUGUACUUUGGUAUUUAAAGAGUUAAAAAUAAAAGAUUUGUUUAUAGGACAUACCGAGCAGCAAGCAUUUUUGGGAGGAGAUGUGUAAUAAAGUUUUGAAAUGUGAUUUAAAUUAACAAUGUAUUUGGAAAGCUUAAAUUCUCUUUAAGUUGGACUCGAAACAGUUCACAGUAACAAAGUUAAGUAUACAACAUUGAAGCCCAUGCAGUCAAAUGUCUACUGUGUACUGCCUUGGUUGAACUGAAGGAGUGAUCCAUUUAGUUCACUGCUGUUUUCCCCAAAACUGCAAAUAUUUAAGUGGUUAUUUUUUUAAAAUUCCUGUUUAAUCUGUUUCCAUUUGUCUAUAAAGGCAGUGCAAUCCAGAUCAUAACUUGAUAUUUAAAAUAAAUUCCUACCCCAUUACUUUUUGCUCAGUUAUUUAAAUGAAAAUCCUUUCUGGUUACUGAUACUCUGCUACCAACUGUUUCUCCAUAUUAGUCUUGGCAGAACUUUUUUUUUAUAAUCUUUAAUACAUUUAAAUCAACUUCUCUGCUCAAAAGAGGUGAACUCUGGUCUUCCCGGCCUCUGUGUAACUUUGUCCUUCUUCCCUGUUGUAAUUAUAGACCCACACCACUCCAAUACUCGCAAAUGGUAGCAAACUGCCUGAGUUUGGUCAUCCAGUUAUAUAAUCAACAUGUACACUAAUAACCAUUUGUCAUUAACAUUUUGUUGUCAAAUGAAGAAUAGAUGAUUGUUAUCCAAUGUUUCAUUUGAACAUUUUUGCCCGUCAGUUCUCCCCCUUGGAAUGCUGCUAUCAGAAUUGUAUACAGUUAACAGGAUUUGCACCAAGUUGGCUAUCAACACAAAGUUUUGUUUUAUUUGUAUUUGAUUCCAAUGUACUUCUGACUUUAUAUCUGUAACACAAUAUGCUGUACAUAGUCAAAGAUUUUGCCAUGACCAAUCUCUCUCCAUAACCCUCUUAUUAAAAUGCUUGACAAGCUAUU